AUGAUUGACUCGUCGGCAGGGAACAAGACCUUGGAAAAUGCAUCUGCGUUCACAAGAAGUUCUAUUUCCAAGGCAGAAGGGAUCGCAGUAUGCAGUGCUCUCAUUUUAUCUUCGGUCCUUAUCAUUGCAGUAAACUUGCUCACUCUGCUUCUCUUUGCAGUUACCAAACCACUUCGUAGGAAAAGUUUAUUUUUAGUCAUGAACAUGGCGUUUGCUGAUUUGAUGUUAGGAGCCAUCACUCUGCCCUUUUAUAUUUACGUUAAUGGAGGUUACUAUCAGCUUUGGACAGCAAAAUAUGACUCUGAACACAUGGCCUACCGAAUAUUUUAUACAAGUUUCGAUAGCAUACUUAUGUAUGGCUCAUAUAUAUCUGCAGCCUCUAUUUCUUGCGAGAGACUUUAUGCCGUAUUUUGGCCGUUUAAACACCGUUCAUUAUCCACCAGAACAUACCGCGGCAUCAUUUUCUUAAUUUGGACAUCCGCUGUCUUGGUGUCUACAUUAACAACUUUGUCAUAUGUUUUGAGGUCAUUUGAAUCUAUUGUCUUGGUUUUCAUCCCCGUUUCGUCGGGUCUAACACUCAUCAUAUGUUUCUGUAACAUCGCGAUCUGGAGAAAUUUUCAGCGCGAGAGUGUUGCCUCACAGCAUCGAAAUGGAGCUUCGCGAAACAGACGCUUAACAAAGACCCUACUUCUGGUGUCCAUACUGGCUUUAGUAUGCUGGCUUCCCUUAAUUAUCAUGAACCUAUUAGUCUAUAUAUAUGGAACUGAGACAUUAAUAGCAUGGGUUUAUUUCAUGAUGAACACUCUUAAUUAUUCUAACUCUUUUGUCAAUCCGAUUGUGUACGUAUUUAGAAUUCCUGAGUUUCAGCAAGCGCUGCGUUCUUGCUGUACGAAGGGGAGACCAGCCAUUGAGAUGGUUAAAAUCGAGAAAAGAAACCGCCCAACGUCAGAAAUAGAACUAAGAAAUUUUACGAACCGAUCCCACUUGCCUGCUAGUUGAGGUUAAACGAGAAGAUAUGGAAACUAGGUUUUAUUCAGUUGAGAUAAGAGGACCGCUGGCGUUGUUACUGAGUAGUGACAUUCAUAGGAGGCAGGAGCAAUAAAUGUGCAGUAUUGUAAGAAAAUAGGAUAGCGUUCUUAGAUUUUCGAUUUUAUACUUCACAGAGCCCUGUUGUUGUAUAGGGUUGCUUUUUGCAGUAACCAGUUAAGUAUGAAUUUCAUCCAAUAAUAAAAAUAUGCUGUUUUAUUUAUCCUAUCUGAGAUAAAAUAACCUGUCAUGUUAUAAAAAAAAAUUAACUCUCAAUAAAUAUGAUAAUUCUAGCUCUUAAGUUCUUGCUUAAAUUCACACACCUAUACUUCUUGGUUUGUCAGAACAUGUCAAUAGCCAUCUUACCGACCGCGCCCUCAAGAGUUUGAAAUGAAAAUACAUGUUAUUUGCCAUUUAUUAUAAGGAUAACGAUCGGGUAUUUAGAUAAAGUACAAUUUAAAACAUAUUUAAAGAACACCGAAUGCAUGAGACACCUGCACAGUAACUCAGCCCGUAGACGUCGUUAUCUGCACGUGCGAGGAAGUAAGUGGAACGUUCACUGCACGUGGUAAAGAUAUCAUGUUUUCGAUACAGAAACUCUGAUAUUUCAUCGCUAUCUAUGUAAUAAAACUUUGUACUUUGGGCGGUGAAAACAGCUAAGCUAUUUCCGACAGUUUCCAAUAAGACAUAGGUUUGAAGAUUAAGUACCUCUACGCCUCGAAUGAUAUCCAUGUCACGGGCAACACAUUUAAAACUAGUGGAGUGGAAAUUGUUGAUAAGCAAUCGAAUUCUUUUCAUGUGUGAAGACUAGGAAAUAAAAUGUCUCUUACUUAUGUAAAUAAAUUCAUCAGGUAAAGCACACAGAUGUGUGUGAUGACAUAAAACCCACAAUCUUAUUAUUAAUUUCAUAUUAUCAGACGCUGAGGCACUCGAGAUCUCUCUCUCCCUCGACCAAAAUAUGACUAAGUACAUUUUUGAGAGAUUAACCGACAAAAUAGAAGAGAUGGUUUAUAUAUAUAUAUAUUUUUUGAUAAAAAUAACUAAAAAUAGCUCACUGCAUCGAAUUACACAUAUGUGAAGCACUUUUUCUCUGAAAGGAUAUACACGCUUUUUUUUUUUUUCAUAAAACAUUAAGGAAUAUUUUCUCUUCUUGCCGAGAAAUGGUGACGGUUUUUUCGGGUUAGGUAAUUUGUGGACUGAUAACUAAUGAGGGGUCUUAAGGAAAAACGAACCUGACGAGAGUGUUAAAGUGUGUGGCUCCGAGUGUGUUAACAAAAAAUACAUGAGCAGCUGUUCGUAACUUGAUGAAAAGACAUGACACCGAAAGGAAGCUGAAUUCAUGAGAUGUUCAAUUAAAAUGUGCUGUCGAUAGCGGAAAGGAGAUCACGAAACUAUCACGACCACUAUAGAUAGAAAAAAGUUCUCUUUAAAUAAAUCGCUUCUAUACUGACUUAAUUUUCUAUGUUGGCUUCCUUUGAUCACCAGUACCAUGGAAGUUUCAUGACAUGGUGACCAUUUUAAAUUAUUCUAACUCUUUUUUCAAUCCAGAAUAUUACGAGUCGAUCCCACUCGCCUGUAAGAAGAAUUUGAAAGGGGAAGAUUUCAAUCAACUGACACUAGAGGAGCCCGGGCAUUGAUACUAAUUAGUGAGAUACAUUAGAAGUAGAAGUCAUAUCGAUGGUGUUUUGUCCGAAAAUACGAUAAUUUCUUACCUGUUUGUUAAGAUUUAGUGCGAAUUAUACCCAGGGAUUGAAAUAUGCUGUUUCAUUUAUCCUCUCUGAGUAUAAUUUCUUACCAUGCUACAAACGAAUAACAAUCUUUAGUAUUAUAAUUUUAGCCCUAAUGUUAUUGCUCAAAGAACACCCCUUUAGAACUUCCUAAUCGCCUGCGAGUGGAAAUGGCGCCUUCACAACUCUUAAGAAGAAUGUUCAGAGGUCACUGCUCCUAAAGCAAAAAUUAUUCCUCCGAACUGUUAGCUAAUCUAAGCCAAAACAAUGUUUGCAAAAUAAUAAUGAAAAUAAAACCCUUCUUGAAAAACAAAACUACCAUUUUGAGGAGCUGGUUGCCAUGACGACAGUUGUCCUCAUGUCUGAAAAGAGAAAUGCUAUGGUAAUUCGCGCAGUGAAGAUAUCCUAUUUUCAAAACAAGAUAAAUUCUGGUAUUUCUUUAGAGAAUAAUACAUGGGCGCGCGUAUAUAUGAAUAAAUCACGAGUGAGCGCAGCAAACUUGUAAGAUUUCGAGUUGAACAAGACAAGAGAAAUUCCCUAUCUACAAGCAACAAUGUCGUUUUUAUUUACUAUAGAAACACCAUGGCCCUUUGCUGACAAGAGAACUCAACUAUAAAUUUAUUGAUAAAUUAAAAAGGAAAAAAAUAGCAUCCAUGUCCCCAGAUUAUGGCGGCUAGAACAUUGAAAAAUCGUUUUGCUCACAGGCAGUGACGUUCAAACUCUCCCAGAAGGGGAAGAAAACCAUAUAUACGAAAAAGGAAAACCUACAGUCAAAUAUUCAGUGGCUUUGGUUAUGGCGUUUCUCGCGGCUGACAACGAAAAUCGACAACUAGAAGAUUUGCCGCAGACCGACUUUUGCCGUUUACCUGAAAGACUCCUUCUGUCGGAAAGAACAAAGUCAAUAAAUGAGUUUUAUAAAUUGAAAAUUACGCCCAUUGUUGUUUUUGUAAUCACGAUUCAACGCAUUUUUCCAUCUUGAGCCUUAGCGCCAACGCACUGUACGAUUGUCCAUUCUUUUAUUGUCAUUCAUUAAUGAAGGCAGCUUUUCUUGUCACCAAAGAGCUAUUGUGUUUAAAUGAUAAAUAAAAUAAUACAUGGUUGCUUCUAGACAUGGAAUUCCUCUUCUCGUGUUCUUCGCGUUAACUUUGCUUUCCAAUGCUGAAUUCUUAAGAAACUGGCGAACGAGCAAAUGAUAAUAAAGCCACGGGUUUGUUAUCUUUUCAUUCAUCAAUUCCUGCUCCUAACAAUACCUGCCACAUAUAGCUCUUAUAGAGCUAUACUUUGACGAGAAUAAAAGUGACAGGUCAGUAGCGCGGCAGUUGAAAAUAUCGAUAGUAUCAUACACGCCCAGCAAGAAUUGGAAAACCCGACGUCAGCACGUUGCUUUCUGAGACCCAGCUUCUUUUACUAUUUGAGUACGUCCUGAGUAAUCCCACCGAGGACUUAACUCUUAAACUCCCAAGAUCUCGUUUGCAAUUCUCCUCACUGUCAGCCAUACAAUUCCUACGAUGUAAAUUUUGAGAGUUUGGUAUUGGAUAAACUAAUAAUCCUCAAUUGAUAUUUUACUUUAUUCUCAUCACUUCUAUGCUUGAUAUUGUAUUGAUAUUGUAAGGAGAAAAUCUCUCUUAGUCACUCGUGGGAGGUAAAGGGGUUAAGAGAAUUGGAACAAUAUUUGACAACUUCAACUGGAACCUAUUAUUAGCACUAGUUUGGCUGAGCGGAGUCGUGUUUCAGAGCUAAGUUCUUUGACAGUACGUUGAUCAAAAAAAUGUUUGAGCGACAGAAUGGCGAAUGACAGUAAAAAGAGAUGUUAUGUCCAUAGUGAAAAGAAGUUUGUCUUGGCCAAGGAAAUUAAAGUCACGAACAAUUUCAAGUGCGUGUUGGCUGUCUUUAAUGUAUGAUGGUAAAGUUUUGACGAUAGGAGCCAUAAAUGUAUCUAACACUAGAUUUUAAUUUCUUAGUAUUUCUCUCUCUAAUUGUUACGACUCGUUUAAAUUUCAACGGUGUGCGAUGACUUUUUGAUGCAAAAUUAAACAGUGCAACUGGUAGCAUGUGUCUAGAGCUAAUUAUCCUGAAGUGUUAUUACACCUUUCGUUUAUCACUAAUGAAGAUCAUCUCUCAAGUAAAGAUAACUUCCUAGUCUGCUAGAGAUUUUGAGCCACACAAGAAAUUUGUUAAAACCUUAACAAGCGUAAAACUGUGCAAUUCUUGCCUUUUAAACAGGAGAAAAUACAUGAACUGCCAUUACGUUUUUUGAUAAACAGCCAUUUUAUUGACGGUAUUAGUUAAACCUGAAAUGUCUUGUGACUCCUUGAAUAUAAUUACCACGAAAGACAAAUAUCUUCUCAGCCGUUGUUGCUUGGUGUUGUUUCAAAAGGUUGAGUGCCUCUCCUUUGAAAAAACGCAUUUUAUUCCGAAAAAAACUGUUAACCUUAAUUCAUUUAGUCAUCUCUGUAAUGAUUGACUCAUCGGCAGUGAACAAAACCAUGGAGAAUGCGUCUGCAUUCACAAGACGUUUUCCUUCCAAGGCAGAAGGGAUCGCACUAUGCAGCGCUCUCAUUUUAUCUCUGGACCUUAUCAUUGCAGGAAACUUGCUCACUCUGGUUCCAUUUGCAGUUACCAAACCACUACGUAGGAAAAGUUUGUUUUUAGUUCUGAAUAUGGCGUUUGCUGAUUUGAUGUUAGGAGCCUUCACUCUGCCCUCUUAUAUUUUCUUUGUUGGAGGUGACUAUCAGCUUUAGACAGUAAAAUAUGACUCUGAACACAUGGCCUACAAAAUAUUUUAUACAAGUUUGGAUAACAUUUUUUUGUUUAGCUCGUAUAUAUCUGCAGCCUCUAUUUCUUGUGAGAGAUGUUAUGCCGUAUUUUGGCCGUUUAAACACCGUUCAUUAUCCACCAGAACAUACCGCGUCAUCAUUUUCUUAAUUUGGACGCUCGCUGUCUUGGUGUCUACAUUAAUAAAUUUGUUAAAUUUCUAUGAUUCGAGUUCAUUUGAAUCUAUUUUGUAUGUUUUUAUCCCCGUUGCGUUGGGUCUAACAAUCAUUAUAUGUGUCUGUAACAUCGCCAUCUGGAGAAAUUUUCAACAAGAGAGUGUUGUCUCACAUAAUCGAAAUGGAGCUUCGCGAAACAGAAGCUUAACAAAGACCCUACUUCUGUUGUCCAUACUGGCUUUAGUAUGUUGGCUUCCCUUAAUCAUCAUGGACGUAUUAAUCUUUACAUAUGUAUCUGAGACAUCAUUAUUAUGUAUUUAUGUCAUAGCGAACAUUCUAAAUUAUUCUAACUCUUUUGUAAAUCCGAUUGUGUAUGUAUUCAGAACUCCUGAGUUUCAGCAAGCGCUGCGUUCUUGGUAUACGAAGAGGAGACCAGCCAUUAAGAUGGUAAAAACCGAAAGACGAACCGAAAAGUUGCACCCAUAA